GUGUGUAGUUGUGAUCAUAGCCAUGAGGUCGAUAGUUACGUUGCUGGUGUUGGUGGCUGCUUGCGGCGCGCUCGCCGACCGCUACCACCCCGCUGAGCCCGCUGAGCCCGCCGGGCCGGCCGGCCGCGCUACGCCCGCCGAGCUGCUCGGCAGCCACUGGCGGGCGCAGGCGCAGGACGCGCUCAAGGAGCGCCUGGCGCGCCCCGCCAACCGCAACAAGGCCCGCAACGUCAUCAUGUUCCUGGGCGACGGCAUGUCCGUGCCCACGCUGGCCGCUGCGCGUGCGCUGCUCGGACAGCGACAGGGCGCCACCGGCGAAGAAGCACAGAUGACUUUUGAAAGCUUCCCCACUUCCGGUUUAAGUAAGACGUAUUGCGUGAACUCUCAAGUUGCGGACUCAGCGUGCUCCGCGACGGCGUAUUUGUGCGGCGUCAAAACAAAUCAAGGCUUACUCGGAGUGGACGCGAGCGUGCAGCGACACAACUGCGAGUCAUCCAUCGACACCGCCCGCCACGUGGAGUCUAUCGCGGAGUGGGCGCUCGCCGACGGCAGAGAUGCUGGUAUUGUGACAACAACCCGCAUUACUCACGCGUCUCCAGCCGGCGUGUUCGCCAAGACGGCGAACCGCAACUGGGAGAACGACGCAGAAGUAAAAGCGGCGAACCAAGACAUCAACGCCUGCCCCGACAUAGCUUACCAACUAAUACACAAACAUCCCGGCAACAAGUUCAAGGUUAUUUUGGGUGGUGGCAGGCGCAACUUCUUGCCAACCACAGUGACCGAUGAAGAAUCGCAAGCCGGCAGAAGGACUGAUGGUCGAAAUUUAAUUGAAGAGUGGCAACAGGACAAAGCUGCCCGUGGUGUCUCUUUUAAGUACGUUUGGAACGUCAGUGAGCUUCUGCAACUGAAUGAUAAUCUGCCAGAAUAUUUAUUAGGAUUGUUUGAAAGCAACCAUUUGCAGUAUCACAUGCAAGCGAAUCUCAACACUGAGCCCACACUUGAGCAACUCACGGAAACUGCAAUCCGCAUGCUGAACCGAAAUGAGAAGGGUUUCUUUUUAUUCGUCGAGGGCGGUCGCAUUGACCACGCCCAUCACGACAACCUUGCGCACUUAGCUCUUGACGAAACUCUUGAAAUGGAUAAAGCUAUCAAGCGCGCCGUUGAGCUGCUCUCGGAGGAAGAUACUCUAAUCGUAGUAACAGCCGACCACGCCCACGUUAUGUCGUACAACGGGUACUCUCGACGAGGUAAUAGCAUUCUUGGACCCUCAAGAGACACUGACGAAAAUAAUGUGCCGUACAUGACGCUAUCGUACACCAAUGGGCCUGGUUUCCGUCCACAUGUCAAUGGAAAGCGAUCCGAUGUUACCCAAGAGAACGGAUUUGGCACUUUGACGUGGAAAUCGCAUGUCGACGUACCCCUAGACUCGGAAACACACGGUGGUGAUGACGUGGCGGUGUUCGCGCGCGGUCCUUACCAUAUGCUUUUCACGGGGCUGUACGAGCAGAAUCAGAUACCCCACCUUAUGGCCUACGCCGCCUGCAUCGGUCCCGGCCUGCACUCGUGUGCCGAGGCCGACACCACCUCCACGCCAGAGGCGAACCCUCCAGAGGCUACUACCGCCAGCCCAACGACCGCUGAACCAUCAGCUGCGGCGCCUGUCAGCGCUACGCUCGCACUUUUUGCUCUACUCACUACUCUUACUUUGUUAUUACACUAAUUUUUGUAUACUCGUAAGCUAUGAAUAACAAAAUAGUUAUUUUUACUAAACGGUCAGGGUGAUCUGUUCGAUAUUAUUGAAACUAUAUCAAUAUAAUUAUAUUGAUUUGUUCUUUAGACUGAUGUUACUUUCAACCUGAGUAUGUUUAGUUGUUUAAAUUUCGGGUACCUAGUUAAGAUUAAUUUAAUUAUACAUUAUUAUUCGAA